AUCUAUUUGUACUUUUUGUAGACACGGAAUUAUACCCCUUAUACAAGGCAGACGAAUCCAAGCAAGAUAAAAUCAUCCAACCAAAAUAAAUCCACUGAUAUUCAACAAUUAUUACGUAAACCUACUAUUGGAAGGUUUAGAAAUAUUGAGAGAUCAAUGCCUGAUGUUAUGAGCUGGAUCCGAGAAGGAAAUGAUUACGAUGCAUCAUUACCAGAAAUUGCCAACGAGACUGUUUCCGCACAGAAUCGUGUAACUCAAUGGCUUUCAAGUUGCGAUUUUAAUGAUCCUAAUAAGGAUUUAAAAAAUAAAAAUAAAUAUGAGAAUAUUGAAGUAAUUGACUUAACUCAAGAUUCGGACUUGUCAACACCAGAAACAGGAAAAUCCGUUGUUGAUAAUGAGACAACUUCUCCAUUUUUCAGGAAUAAGUCUAAAUCUUCUGCUGAACAAAAUAACGCAAUGUACUUCUCGAAUUCAUUUUCAGCAACAAGAUCAAUUGAUGAUUUCUUGGUAUUACGAGGAAAAUUAUCACCAAAUAAACGACGAGAGAUCAAUCAAAGUAACGUUACUAUUGGCAAGUCCAUAAUUGAAAAACUUCCAACGCCUGUUGUACCUCAUAAAUAUAUUGUUUCGAUACGCAUGUUUCCAAAUCGUAAACUUUUAACUGCGUUGAAAAGUGAAGAAUGCAAAGUUGAGCUUAUUGAAAGAGAUUUCGAAUAUUUGAGAGUGAGCAUUUAA